AUGGGGAAUAAGCAGACCGUCUUCACUGCAAGGCAGCUAGACGCCUACCAGGACUGUACAUAUUUUACAAGAAAAGAAAUUCUCAGACUGUUCCACCGCUAUCACGAUCUGGCGCCGCAACUCGUUCCCCUUGACUACACCGAGCAGCCAGAUGUGAAGCUACCAUAUGAGCUGAUUGGCAGCAUGCCCGAGCUGAAGGACAAUCCGUUCCGCCAGAGGAUCGCCGAGGUUUUCUCCGAGGACGGCCAAGGAAACAUGACGUUGGACGACUUCCUGGACAUGUUCUCGGUUCUGAGCGAGAUGGCGCCGCGGGAUCUCAAGGCCUACUAUGCUUUUAAGAUUUACGAUUUCAACAACGACGACUUUAUUUGUAAAUCGGACCUGGAGAAGACAUUGAACAAACUGACGCGAAACGAGUUGACGGAGGACGAGGUGCGCAUGGUCUGCGAGAAGGUGUUGGACGAAGCGGACAUGGACAACGACGGCCGGUUAUCGCUGGAGGACUUUCAGCACAUGAUUGUACGGGCGCCAGACUUUCUCAGCACCUUCCACAUAAGAAUAUAAGGAAACUGAAUCACUGACAAAUGUGAAAAACGGAGUCCUCACAUCUCUGCGUGAGGAUAUUUUCGAUGGAACAUUUGAAAAUUCACUCCCAUACGAAACAAUACUUGAUUUUACGUGAGUUUUGUGAUUUCAAUCUACAAGAGAUCCAGUUAAGCAUUACUAUGAAACAUAAGCCAAAAGGUUGUCCGGCGGAUUACGGUGGUCCCGUUGUUAUGAAAGUGGUCAAGGUCAAUUACGGCAACAAACGGCCUUGAGUGACUUUCCACUGACUCUCAGCCAGAAAGUGGAAAAGACGAAGCAUUAAGUUUGCUUUGCUUGUUUGUUUUUUUUAUUCAUCCCAAAAAGUAGACAUCUCUAAAAACUGCAGAUACACAUCUUCACACUGGAGGUAUAAAGUACAGUACAAUAAGUAUAUCUCUCAAUAGAAUAUUUGCAAUGUUAUGUUCUUCACAAUGUAUGAAAUGUAUUUGAAAAUAGGACUGUAAAAAUUCACCAUGUCAGCUUUAAGAACAAAAACAAAACAAAAAAAGGUCAGAUUUAGCCUGUUCACACAGGAUGUGUGGAUCAUAAGACACAAACAUUUGGUACAUCCCAACAAGUAUUAGACUCAAACCUCUGUAAGAGCCAUUACCCAAAGAGUACUAGGGCAACACAAAAGAAUUAUUAUUAUUUUUUUUUAAAGUUGUAAUUUUAAGCGAAUAGAUUUGUUUUUGUAUGUAUAAAGUUGCAUUUCAUGGAAUAAAAAUCCCAAUGUUAUGACAACAAAGUCUGAUUUGAAGUUUUUGAGACAAAAGGUUGAUCUUUUAAGAAUAAGGUCAAGUUUGGGGGAGUUUUGUGCAUUUUCUUUUGUUUUAAAAAAAAAUAUAUAGGAUUUUAUUAGCCAAAAGCCUGACUUUUGUCCAAAGAAAGCUUUUAUGAAAAUAAAGAUGGACUCCAAAUAAAAAGUAGGUGUUGGGGGCAGAAAGGUAAAAAUAUUAAGAUUCCGCAAUAUAGCGAGUGAUGACUACAUACACGAGUAUUUUUUUUUCUCUGUUUCUAUGUGGCUGUAGUACUCGUGAGUUGAAAGACAUCAAAUGUCCCACUCAACUAUUCGUUUGGAAGA